AUGGAAGGUAAAUUAACGGAAGAGUUAAGGGAUCUGAGUACUUUGGUGAUAAAAAUAAAAAGCUUAAUAAAAUUGCUUUUAUUAAUCUUUAUACCACAAAGAUCUCACACCAGAAUACUAUAUAUGUUAGUUAAUGAAAUAUUAUAA